ACAAAGGCUUCAGUCAUUGUUUCCUCCUUGUCGUACUCAUAAACCAGUGCGUGCUUUUGCAUGGAAGUGGUACACUUUUUGGCUUCGUGCACUUGAGAAGAUAAAUUUUCAGAUUUCUGGAAAUAAUAUUUUUGUAAAAAAUAAUUUGAUUAUUAAAUUGUGGCAAAUACUUAUUAUAUUGGAAAGUUGGAUCGAUUAAAGGGAUCCCGCACCUCACAAAGAGCAAGAAUGGAACCAAAAGACUUUUUGGUGUAUUCAUGCCUGUUACUUUUGUCCAACGGAUUGGACUCUGUUGUCUCAGUUCCUUAUCCAGAAUACUACGACGGUCAUCAUGGAGGAGGACACAACGCCAUCGUUGACUAUUACUCAAGGCCCAAAUAUGCAUUCGGAUAUGAGGUGGACGGUCUGGACGAAUAUUUCAAAGAGUUGUCCCAUGGACGAUGGGAAAUCAGGGAUGGCGACGUCGUUCAAGGACAAUACCGAGUCUUGUUACCGGAUGGACGCAUUCAGAUCGUGUCCUACAUCGCAGAUAGGUUUGGUUAUCGUCCCACCAUAAAGUACAUCAACAAAGGAGUAUUACCUCCACCUCCACCCGCAUACGCGCAUGUGAAAACACCCGAAUUUUACCCCGUGGAGGAACCACUCCCACCACCAAUUCCGCUCGUUGAACACGUCAACCCCUACGAACACGCCACGUACGGUGCCGGUUAUGGCUACGGCUUUGACCCUUUUGUGGCAUUGGGAUCGACUAAUAGCAACAGCCGAGUUGGAAAGCGAAGGUCACUUCCCACGUCAAAACUUUCCUACGACCGGACCUUGUUUCGAAAGGAUGUCGAAAGGAAGAGGAGGUCGGGUGGGACUGCGGCGAGGAAAGUGUCGCCCCGUCCAUCGCCAUCCCCAUCUCCCACGACGGUCACCCUCGUCAGUUCUCCGGCAGGGACAAAGCGACAACGACGGGUGACACUCACACCAGCGUCCGCUUAUAACACAAAAUGAGACAGCAUCUCUUCGUAAAUAUUAUUCUACUACUUAAAAUUUGCAUUUGACAACUGAAAUCUAUUAAUUAAGAAACUGAAGUACAUUAUUAGGCGGCCAGGUCAGAAGCUAUUUGGACCGUGGAAGGGGCAAUGAAGGGGUAUCCACCUCUCCGUAGAAAUAUUAAUUGAUUUAAUUUCUAACUUUUAGUUAAGGGUAAUUUCCAUACUAAAGCAUUUGCCAGUAUCAAAUUUUUUACUACACUUUCUCAUAUAGGUCUCAUACUCAAAAUAAAAUUACGAUAGAUUUUUCAAACAUUUGAUUCUUGCAAUCGAAUUUAGUGAAUAGCUGAAAUAGUAGAAAAGGCUUGUACACCAAGUAGACCGUUUACAUGAUUAAUACCUUUUCCCAGUGGUGAUUCAUGUUGAUAUUCUUAACGCAAUAUUCAUACAUACACACCCCCAACUAUGCAAGUGUAAAAUCCAAAUAACUCACGUUUCUGCAAUUGUUAUGCAAAUAUUAUUAUGAUAUCGCACACAAAAACUGAGUGUGGAAUUUUACGCUUGUCGUAAACCAUUUAAAAUUGUGUGAAGGAAAGUAAAUGUUUUUGAGGACCUAAAUACUUAUUCGUUUUGGUGCAGUAUUAUACAUAUCUUAAUGAAAAUGUGCAUGUAUGUUAGGAGUAAAUUAUGAAGGUGCAAUUUCUGUUAACUAAAGUUUUAAAAAUGAAAAAAUUCUCUCAAUUAAAAUAACUACCAUCACGUAUUAUAUAGCUUAAUCUACAUUUUAUACCAUUUUUAUGCGUAGAGUGUAAAAUUCUUUGUCGGGUGCAACAAUGAAUGCGUAAUAAAUUAUUAAAUAUGUCGAGUUUUCUUUAA